CGACGAGCUGCUCUCCUCCAUCACCAGCAUCAAAUUGUCCAAAUCCAGACAAAAUGCAGCCGACAAGGUGGCUCUUGAAAGGCCGAUCCGUAUGGAAGGGGCCGCACAUCGUACCCCUCGCCAUCGUGCGCCCCCGCCCAGGCGAACGAGUCAAGCCGAUCCGCACGCAAGCCCGCGCCGCGACCAUCCUGCCUAGUUUCGUCGGCCUCAAGUUCCAGGUGUACAACGGCAAGGAAUACCACGACCUCGAGAUCACCGAGGAGAUGGUCGGCCACAAGCUCGGCGAGUUCUCUCCGACGAGAAAGCCUUUCAUCUGGUCACGACGGUAAACCAAAAUAGGCACCAUGAGGUGUAGGUAUCCCGCGGCGUUCUGUUGUUUUCAGGUGGGGGGGUCUUUUACGAGUUUACUGUCUACUGUAUAUUACCUAUGCGCUCACACGACCAUACAUACCAUUAGAGAACACGCAAGACACGCCAAUUCGUAACGCUUAU